UCGGGCAACGACCGCGGCGACCUUGAUAAAACCCCAAGGACUGUCCCAAAUAACAAUAAAAACACAAUUAAAACACGAAGUGAUGUUUUUUCCUUUUAUUCAACGUUCUGUAACGAUAGCCGCUAGUGUAAUUAAUUUUGUGCUUGCUAUAAACAUCAGUGACAAGUGACAGGAUUGACAGUUGGCAGUGGAUUUAUAGGUUAUAAAUACAAGUCAGCUGACUUUAGUUGUAAUAUUUAUUUUAUUUAUUCGUGUUAGUAUGUGAUUGAUUUUCCAUAUCCCAUUUACCAUGAACAAAAACCUUCAAUCCCCGACCAAGCUGACCGAGUUUGCUCCGAUCCAGUCCGAGGAGAAACCCCAAAGUGUGGGGCAAUUUAUAACCAAGAUUUUCAAGUUCAAUAAAACCACUCCUUCCGAUGAACAAAGCACGGGGGCUGUUUCUAGCAGUGACAAUGUGUCGCAAGAGUCGCUACCAACGUGGGCUAUUGAUGUGAAUUCGGAUUCGUCCACUGCUCCGUACCAUGUGGAUGUGAAUGAAGGUAGAAGCUUGCCCAACGUGUUGAAAAGAAUUAGCAACUUGCUAGCUUUAAAAAGCACAAACCUCCAAGACUACUCAGACACAGAACUUAAACAAUACUGGAUGCCCGAUUCCGUAAGCAAAGAAUGCUACGAAUGCUGCGAAAAAUUUACGACUUUCAGACGUCGCCACCACUGUCGGGUUUGCGGGCAAAUUUUCUGCUCGCAGUGUUGCAGUCAGCAAAUUCCAGGGAAGAUUUUCGGAUGUACGGGAGAUUUAAGGGUGUGCACGUACUGCUGUAAAGUGGUUUUGUCGUAUUUACAAUCCUCAGACGUCGGCGCUGACUUAACGGCCGACCUGAAACUCCUACAGGAGAAUUUGCAAAGCAAAUUCGGGAGCACGUUGAUUUCGCCCACUGCGACAUUGCAAGACAGUUCGAUCCAAAACCUGAACAAAGAUUCGGUGGAAGUGGGGAAUAUUUUGCGGAGAAAGAUCUCGGUGGGGUACCAGGAGGAGAAAUUCGCGUCAGGUAGGCAGAGUAAUAUGUAUUUGACUACGGAGGAGAAGUGCAAAGCGUUGCAAAAUUCGGUGUCGCUUCGAGCGCUUUUUGAGGAAAUUUCGAGAACGACGACUGGGAUUCCGUUGGGUACUCAUAGGUACCGUUUGCGUACCUAUACGGACUGUUUCUUGGGGUCGGAGUUGGUUGAUUGGUUGAUUUAUCAGCAGAAGGCGAAUACGAGGGUUCAGGCGGCUGCCAUAAGUCAGGCUUUGCUCGAAGGGGGCUAUAUUGAGUGCGUCUCGGACCCUUGUUCCUUCGUAGACGGUUACGCGCUGUACAAACCUGGGUUUUUUGUUACUCCAGAAGUGUCAGCCACCCCUAAUUAUUUUGAAGCUCCAAACCAAGAGGAGCCGAGUUGGGUACAACAGAUUCCACAGGAGUCUAGUACGACUGAUUCUGACAAUGAACAAGUUUCUUUAUUGAAAAAUCGUGGACCGUUGGCGUCUUCGUCUUCCUAUAUGUUGGAUUUGAACGUGGAGGCGAAUACUGUGUAUUUGUCGCGUCCGCCGGCCUCUAGUUAUAGCAUGCAGUCGGUUAAUUCAAGCGAUGUUAGUUGUUGCGAUGCGGAAAUUACGACCGUGAGGACCUCUGAGCAGAGGGAGUUCGUUCCGGAGGCUGGUUGGCACCAUGCAUCGUCCCUCCGUGAAGAAAACGGCGAAAAACUGGCCUACAACCUACUAACCGAAGCCUACCAACAACACGAACAAACCCUCCUCAAACAACUCUUAUCUUCAAACAGCCUAUCACUCUCCUGGACCGACGUAGUCAUCCCGUUAAGCCACGAAAUAAUCAACACCAUCAGACCAGACAAAAACCACGACGCCGAAGACCUGGACAUCCGCCACUACAUCAAAUUCAAGAAACUCCCCGGGGGUUCCCGCAGCGACACCCGCCUCAUCAGCGGCAUCGUCUUCACCAAAAACGUAGCCCACAAGGGCAUGCAGACCGAAAUCGAUACCCCCAAAAUCCUGCUCCUCCAGUGCUCCAUAGUCUACCAGCGCACCGAAGGCCGCCUCAUGUCCUUGGAACCCGUGCUCAUGCAAGAGCACGAGUACUUGCGGCACGUGGCUGCGCGAAUCGUGGCUUUGCAACCCGACGUAGUCUUAGUCCACCGGAACGUGUCGCGAUUGGCUCAAGACCUGCUACGUCAGCAAGGCAUCACGCUAGUGCAUAACGUGAAGCAAACGAUUUUGGACCAACUGGCGCGCUGCACAGAGGCGGACCUCGUGACGGCCGUCGACGCCCACAUCGGCCGGCCACGCCUAGGCACGUGUAAGAAGUUCUAUCUGCGCAGCUUCGACGUGGAAAGGGGCGGAGCCAAGACGCUCAUGUUCUUCGAAGGGCUGGCGAAUGCGCAUUUGGGCGGGACUGUGUUGCUGCGAGGCGGGGGCAAGCAGGAGCUCACGCGGUUGGAGAAGGUGGUGUCGUUUUGCCUCUUCGCGACGUACAACUGGAGGUUGGAGAAGUCGUUUCUUAUGGAUGAGUUUGCGCAGCCGCCGAAUUCCGCGUGUGAGUUUCUGGAUGACAGCAGCAAGGAAAACUCGCCCAAAUUGCCGACGGCUGAGACUAAAGUCGAGAAGAAGAGCGAAAAUGGGGAUGAUGAGGUGUUCGUGAGGGCGGAGCCUAAGCAACACUUGGGGGUCAGCGAGGGGAAGAAGAUGAACAGUGAGACGGUGGAGGAUUUCACGGAUCCUUUGCAGUCGUCAUACCAUGACGUAGGUGGCGAGACUAAGGAAAUUUUGUCGGUGGCGGAGUUGCCGUUUUCAAAUAGUUUUAGGAAAUCUUUGGAUGACACGAUUUUGUGUAUCUCGCCCUAUCUCAUGUUCUGUGUGCCGUUUUUGGAGACGGAGGUCGGGAGGAAGUGUAAGUUGAGGAAGUUUUUUCCUUCAGAGGUGUAUUUUAGCGAGCAGUUUAGCAACCAGACUAAAGUGAAGAUUGUCAAAGAGCUUGAGGAAGAAGUGAAAACGACGAAACAGAGCAAGCCUCUGCACCCGUUUUUACUUGCCAAGAUUACCACAAGUAUUGAUAGUAAUGAUAUUCAAGCUAUGUUGGCUAAUUUUCGGGCUUGUGGUGGGAGCUACGAAAAAAGGGAAAUUUUGUGUAAACCACCGGUUACUCCAGAUGAGGAAAUAUUGAAGACUAAAGACAAAAACUACUAUAAUAAACAAGAUGUUCUUGAAAUAAACAAUCACCAAAGAUUAUCAGUAUUAUUUUGUAGUUAUAGUCACGAGUCGACCAAUUCGCCGGCCUUUUGCGUCAAUCCAUGGAUCGUUAACAUGAACUUCUACGGGUCGAACGACAUCCCCUUGGGCUGUUUCCUCGAAAAAUACUGCUUCAGAUCAACGUACAACUGCCCGUCCAAACCCUGCGGGACCCCCAUGUUCAAACAUAUCCGACGUUUCGUCCACAACGCUGGCUGCGUCAGUAUUUCCCUCAACAAUUUCGAAAAUGAAUUUGCUGAAGAGAACAUUGUCAUGUGGACUUGGUGUACCAAGUGCCAAGGGGUCUCUCCAGUGGUGCCAAUGUCGGCAGAUACAUGGUCCUUUUCUUUCGCUAAAUACCUAGAACUAAAAUUCUACGGAGGCUUAUACACCAGAAGGGGGAACACCCCGUGUGGGCACAGCCUUCACCACGAUCACUAUCAGUAUUUUGGCUACAAGAAUUCCGUGGCUUCUUUUAAAUAUACGUCAAUUCAAAUAUGGGAUAUUUCUCUACCGCCACCUAUUGUUGACAUACAGUAUGACACAGAUAAACACCAGACUGAGUUAAUUGAUGACAUAAGAACAAUGGCGCAGAAAGGCCACGAGAUUUAUUCUCUCAUUCUCGAGAAGUUAGCUUGCAUGCCUACGGACUUGGAAGGUUUGGGUAACCACAAACAGGUAUUAUUGAAAGAACAAGCCCAGUUUAAACAAAAAGUCGAGGAAGUGCAAUUGAAGCUAACUUCACCCACUAUCGAAAACAAGCAGUUUGACGAAGGCGGCAGAACUGAAGAACUCUACAUCGCCUACUGGAAAAUCUCCGACUCACUCAUCCGCAUCAAGCGUCUGAUUGUCGAAACCGUGGAAUCUUGGAACUUGCGAUUAUCCGAAACAGCUCGCAAGAGAGACAAUGAUAGAAGGAAAGACAGAGCGUCUUAUACUGACCUCGAAAGUCCGACUGUACCCGAAGCUAAAACUUUGUCGGACACCGAUAUUUCGCACAGUGAGAGCUCGAACAGUAGUGCCACUGCCAAAAAAAUCAAAAGUUUGGAUCAGUGUGAAGGUGACAGUGAUCUGAGUAUGUCAAAUUCGCCGAAGUGCCACCAGAGGUCGCAGUCUGACGGUACUACAAUGUCGCAUAAUGAGGACCAGAACGACUUUAAGAAAGACUAUGAUAAGAAGAGUGUUAAGAAUAUUUUGUCGCAGUUGUUGCCGUCGUCGACAGCUUUAACUUUGAUACCGAACCCCUUCAACACCCAAGACCACUACACCCUCCCCACCGGCGUGUCCGUCCCCAUCGUCGUCUACGAGAGCGAGCCCAGCUCCAUCAUCGCCUACUCGCUCAACUCGUGCGACUACAAGAAGUCCUUCGACGAGCUCACCGCCAGGAAGCCCAGCGCCGAGCAGACCCCCAGCCCCGUCGUCAAGCGCCGAAGCCACAGCCAGGACAAGAACGACAGCGACGACAAAACCUCGGGCCUGUUGGGCUUCCUGCGGAACUCCAAGAACGACGCCAGCUCGCCCACCAACUCGACCACCUCCGACAACAGCCAGCCCGCCGACGUCCCCCCCGAGAAAACCGAAGACGCGAAGAAGUCCAAAAACCUACAUAUCGAAGUCCAGUUCCAGGACGCUCACUGCAACUUCUUCUGUCGCGUCUACUUCGCCGAAAAGUUCGCCAACUUGCGGGCGCUGGUUUUGCCCAUCGGGGAGGAGGGGUACAUCAGGUCGUUGAGUCGCUCGGUCCAGUGGAACGCCCGCGGAGGCAAGUCGGGGUCGAACUUUGCCAAGACUGCCGACGAUCGGUUUGUUUUGAAGGAGAUGUCGAAAUCGGAAGUCCAGUUGUUUUUGGAAUUCGCGCCGAAUUAUUUUUCGUAUAUGCAGAAGUGUUAUGCCACUGGGCAGCCGACGCUGUUGGGGAAGAUCGUGGGGAUUUAUCAGAUUAUUUUUAAGAAUAAUACGAAUGCGACGCUGAGGACGAAUUUGUUGGUUAUGGAGAACUUGUUUUAUAACAGGACCGUUACGCAGAAGUUUGAUUUGAAGGGGUCGAUGAGGAAUAGGCUGGUCAUUCCUGAUAAUCAAGAAGGGGAGAUCGUUUUGUUGGACGAGAAUCUACUCAAAAUGACUUGCGAUGCUCCGUUGUAUAUUUUGCCACAUUCCAAGGCUGUUCUGACAGCUGCGAUUCAGAAUGACACCGAGUUUUUGUCUGCACAAUCUGUAAUGGAUUAUUCGUUGUUGGUGGGGCUGGAUUCUGAAAAUAAAGAGUUGGUUCUGGGGAUUAUAGACUAUAUUAGGACGUUUACUUGGGAUAAGAAGCUGGAAACCAUGGUUAAAAAGAGCGGGAUUCUGGGCGGACAAGGAAAAUUGCCCACGAUCGUGUCUCCGGAGGAAUAUCAAAAAAGGUUCAUUGAAGCUAUGCACAGAUACUUCUUGGAAGUUCCAGACCAUUGGGCUGGUUUAGGCAAAGGGCUGGAAUUUUGAUGAAUGGUCGUUUUUACCAUCAAUUUGUAUUAUUUUUCUAUAGGUGUAGUUACCAAUAUUGUUAUUUAUUUUUGUAUAUUUUCUUUACAUAUUUUACUUAUAUGUUUAAGUUUUAAUAAAAUCUUAAACCAA